CUUCUGCCACCAUCUCCCUGCCUCUCGCGCACCUCAGCGCCCGACUCUCACACCUCACACUCUUCACGUCCAGCCAGCCAUGCCGCGCGCCGUUUCAGCUCGGCCCUCAGGCUCCGUGCGCUCUGCGCCGUACGGCCCCACGGCCGGCAACGUGCGCCCGGGCAGCAGCAAGGAUGCCUUCAGCAGCAGCGGCGCCAGCUCGUCGGCGCCCGCACCCAGCACGACGAAGAACCCCAUCUUCAAUACCGACCGCUUUGGCCAGCACAUCCUGAAGAACCCGCUCGUGGCGCAGGGCAUCGUCGACAAGGCGGCGCUCAAGUCCACCGACCUCGUGCUGGAGGUCGGCCCAGGUACGGGCAACUUGACAGUGCGCAUCCUCGAGGUGGCAAAGAAGACGACCGUCGUCGAAAUGGACCCGCGCAUGGCGGCUGAGCUCACAAAACGUGUGCAGGGCAAGCCUGCACAGCGCAAGCUCGACAUUAUGAUUGGUGACUUCUGCAAGACGGAGCUGCCGUACUUUGACGUGUGCAUCAGCAACACGCCGUACCAGAUCUCCUCGCCGCUCGUCUUCAAGCUGCUCUCGCACCGGCCACUCUUCCGCUGUGCCAUCCUCAUGUUUCAGCGCGAGUUUGCGCUGCGUCUGCUCGCCCGUCCCGGCUCGCCGUUGUGGUGUCGCCUGAGCGCCAACGUGCAGCUCUACGCCAAGGUGGACCACGUGAUGAAGGUCUCGCGCAACUCGUUCCGCCCGCCGCCGCAGGUCGAGAGCAGCGUGGUGCGCAUCUGCCCCAUCAACCCGCCGCCUGCGAUUCGCUUCGAGGAGUUCGACGGCCUCGCUCGCAUCGUCUUUACACGCCGGAACAAGACGGUGCGCUCGUGCUUCCAGGCCAGCGGCGUGCUGCCCAUGCUGGAGUCCAACUGGAAGACGCUGCAUGCCGAGAAGGAGGUGCCGCUGGACACGAGCGUGCCGUUCGCCUCCAAGGUCGACGCCAUCCUCACGGGCACAGGCUACUCGGACCAGCGCGCGGCGCAGAUGGACAUCACCGACCUCCUCGAGCUGCUCAGCGCCUUCCACGACGCCCUCAUCCACUUCUCGUAGCCCUGUCUGCUGCUCAUAGAUCCUCAUCACGCUCAUUUGUCACCGGCACGGG